AUGACAACAGGGACAGUAUCCACUUGUUUGGCUACAGCAGCAGAUAUCGCUUGCAUAGAUCCUCUUAUUGGCAGUGAUCUCUGUCCUCUUCUUCGGCAAUUCGGUGCAGCGAUGAGCAAAGCUCGGUUCGAUGAUGCUCGAGGACUGAUUGAAUCAUUUCGAGGAACGCGAGUUCCAAUAUCAUCUAGUGCGGAAGAUUGUCUUUGCCACUUGCUUCUUUCUGCUUGUAUUCAGAUAGUAAAAGCAGAGAGCGCAUAUUAUUCCCUAAAUUUUAUGGUAACAAAGGCCUUUUUUCGACGAGAAAGCACUCUAUUGUUAGCUUAUACACAGAUCAAGGCCGAACUAUGUCAAAUGGAUGAUGUAAUAGGAAAUGCUAAGAUUUCAGCAGCAGAGGAUAUUAGACGACGUCUGAUUGAUUUUACCAGUGCCAGAGUUUCAAUGAUUAAUGUUUACAAUUCAUUUCUAGUUGAAAAUUUUGGUCUUCCAAGUGAACUGACAGCUUUGACGACAGUCCUUUCAUCGGUCGAACAUCUAUUAAUGCUUUUAGUUAACCAUGAAUCGCUUACAUUUUUAUUUACUUUUGUCAUUAACGAGGUAGUGGUAAUGAAACUGCUUUUGGAGGUACAGCUGACUCUCAUACGAUGUGAGUUCUUGCAGUCACUGAUUAAGUUGAAGAGUGCACACAUUAAACUCCAGUCUUGGUUUAAUUCUGUCGGUUAUAAGCAUGCACAAAUCAAAGCAACAGCGAAGUUCUUUGGUCUCGGACCUCAGGUUCAGUGUUCUUCUUUGAGACUAUGUGGUUGGACUUAUGAAUUUUACAUGCUGUUAUUGGCGAAGUUUUCCUUAUAUUUCCAUGAUUCGCUACAGCCACAAUGCUCAUCAGGCGACUUUGAUCAUGCAAUUAGUGUUAUGAAAUCACCGAAUUUUGUUCAAUUAUUUGCUACAUUUCGUCGCAAAAUGGAGCCUUUAUAUAUUCUCUUGAUUGCUAAUCGUUGCGAUGCUUCAGAUAUAUCACCUCUUAUUGGUUAUGGCUGCGCAUCUGAUCUUGACGAUGGAGAAGGUGAAUUGCGAAAGAAAUUUUUAGUUUUUUUCAAAAUAGGUGGUGAAGCAAAAGAAAUGAAUAUAUUGCUUCCGUCGAUUUCUAUACUUAUACAAGAAGCAGGUGCUAAAAAGUCUGGAACAGAUCGUAUUACAUACUGUUAUGAUCAACUUAUGUCCAGGAGCUUCUUCGUAUUAUUGGUGGAAUAUAAUUUAUAUGUAACGAUUAUUUUUGAUCGAAGAGUUAGCGAACGUGAUAAUACAGUGGUUAGCUUUCUGUUGAAUAGUUGCAGUCAGUUGCGAUGCACUAAAAUCUGUCAAAGUUGGCGGAAAUUUUCAACAUAG